ACCACGAGUUGUAAUGUUUUGUUUGUACUUUAUUAGCAAUAAUAUUUAAGCAACUUAUAGAAUAUUGUGUUAAUUUUAAACAUUCCAUUUGCUGUUAUUUUCUAAUAGUGUUCAAAAUUUUAUAUCAUGGCGGAAGAUGAAGAAAACUUGCAUCGUUUGGAAGGAACAUCAGGUGAUGCUCCCGGUGGAUUAAUCAUCAAAAAGAAGGAUCAACCUGCAGAAUUUCAAUUCGCAAAGCCUUCACUGUUGGGUCUAGAUAAGUUGGCAGCAGCCAAACGCAAGCAGAACAGGCUGAUAUCCUUUCAGGACGAUGUAAAUGAAGAUGACGACAGAGACAACAAAACAGACUCUACCGGUGUUAAAGAACGUAAAUAUAGAAAGCAGAAUGAAGAAACACCAACGUAUACUGGCGGGAUAUCGGACCAAGCGCGGGAACGCAUGCUGGAAAGAUUACAAAAAAAAGAUAAAGAUUCAAAGGAGAAAGGAGUGCACCACUCCACACAAGAAGAAAAGAAAUCAAGAUCUAAAGAUGAUGAGGACGACAGAUUCUACCGACAUCGCUAUGACAGACGGAACCGGGAUCGUGACAGAUAUGACAGUCGUAGAAGGGAUAAAGAUAGAGAUUGUAGGGACAGAAGAGAUGAUAGAGACUCGGAGAGAAAAGAUAGGGAUAGAAGAGACAGGGACAGUGAAAGAAGUAGAGAUAGCUCACGGCAUAGUUAUUAUGAACCACGGUUCAAGGAUGAACCUAGGACACCAAGCAUAAAAGCACUCAAGCCUACUGACAAGACUGCAUGGGAUGAUGAUGACGAGGACCCCAGAGCAAUACGUAAAUCCAGUUGGGACUUUCCAACGCCACUACCAAGAGAUGCUGGUCCUUCGGAUCGCUCACAACGCAGCGAUAGAAGUGGCAGACCACUGAGGGACUACAAGGGGCGGUUAUAUGAUGAUACUACUAGAGCUACCCCUCAUAAAUUUGCAAGUUCCAGAAGAGGUCUAGAUAUGGACGACCCAGAAUGGCAGGAAGCAGAAAAGAAACUAGAUAGAGCAUGGUACAACAUGGGAGAAGGUGAAGCGGAUGAAUCCGAUCCGUUUGCGGAUACAAGCGCUGAAUAUAUCGCGCGUAAAGAGGAACAGAUAGAGAAGCGGCGUAAUCGCAAAGUAUCGGCGCAACGCCAGCAGAUAGACAAAGACAACGAGCUGUGGGAGCGGAACAGAAUGCUGACUAGUGGCGUCGUUCACUCUAUCAACGUCAACAAUGAUCUAGACGAGGAGAGUGUUGACCGCGUGCAUCUUCUAGUACACAAUAUAGUGCCGCCAUUUCUUGAUGGAAGGAUUGUUUUUACUAAGCAGCCUGAGCCUGUCAUACCGGUAAAAGACCCGACUGCCGAUAUGGCAGUGAACGCACGCAAAGGUUCUGCCUUGGUCAAAGCAUUCAGAGAGCAGAAAGAGAGACGAAAAGCACAAAAGAAACACUGGAAGUUGGAAGGAACAAAAAUUGGUAACAUUAUGGGGAUACAGAAAGAAAAAGAAGAACUAGAAGAUGGACCCACUAAGGAAGCUUACAAGUACGCUGAACAUUUAGACAAACAGGAAGAACCUGAGUCAAAGUCAGAGUUUGUGAAGAAGAAGACUAUAGCAGAACAGCGGCGUUUCUUGCCCGUGUUUGCUGUGAGAGAGGAGCUCAUGCAGGUCAUCAGGGAGAACAACGUUGUCAUCAUUGUGGGUGAAACGGGCAGUGGUAAAACUACUCAGCUAACCCAGUACCUUCACGAGGAAGGCUUCAGCCGCCUCGGCAUGAUCGGCUGCACUCAACCACGCAGGGUCGCCGCCAUGUCGGUCGCCAAGCGAGUCUCCGACGAGAUGGACACUAAGCUAGGCGACGAAGUCGGAUAUGCCAUCCGUUUCGAGGACUGUACAUCCCCAAACACUGUGAUCAAGUACAUGACAGACGGGAUCCUCCUCCGCGAGGGUCUCCGGGAACCAGAUCUGGACCACUACUGCGCCAUCAUAAUGGACGAAGCCCACGAGAGGUCCCUAUCUACUGAUAUGCUGUUCGGUUUGCUGCGGGAGGUGGUGGCCCGUCGAUCGGAUUUAAAACUGAUCGUAACAUCAGCGACCAUGGAUUCAACUAAGUUCUCCACAUUCUUCGGAAACGUGCCCACCUUCACUAUCCCUGGACGGACCUUCCCCGUCGAGACGUUCUUCGCCAAGAAUGUGUGUGAGGAUUACGUCGAUGGUGCUGUUAAACAAGCACUACAAAUCCAUUUGCAGCCAGACGAGGGAGACAUUUUAAUAUUCAUGCCCGGACAAGAAGACAUCGAGGUCACUUGCGAGGUGUUGACUGAGAGAUUAGAAGAUCUUGACCACGCGCCACCGCUCACAGUUCUGCCCAUAUACUCGCAGCUGCCGGCCGAUUUGCAAGCCAAGAUCUUCCAGCGUGCACCGCCAGGCCAAAGGAAAUGCAUCGUCGCUACCAACAUCGCUGAGACAUCGUUGACUGUCGACGGUAUAAUGUACGUGAUCGAUUGCGGCUACUGUAAACUGAAAGUUUAUAAUCCGAGGAUCGGCAUGGACGCACUGCAGAUAUACCCAGUGAGUCAGGCUAACGCGCGGCAGCGUGCGGGCCGCGCGGGCCGCACGGGCCCCGGCAAGGCGUUCUGCCUGUACACGCAGCGACAGUACCAGCACGAGCUGCUAGCGGCCACCGUGCCAGAGAUACAGCGCACCAACCUCGCCAACACCGUGCUGCUGCUCAAAUCACUAGGUGUUGAGGAUCUGCUCGCGUUCCACUUCAUGGAUCCACCGCCACAGGACACGAUCCUGAACUCGAUGUACCAGCUGUGGAUCCUGGGCGCCCUGGACGGGACCGGAGCCCUAACGUCGUUAGGUCGUCAGAUGGCGGAGUUCCCCCUCGACCCUCCUCAGUGCCACAUGCUGAUCGUCUCCGCAGAGAUGGGCUGCAGCGCUGAAGUCCUCAUCAUUGUGUCAAUGUUGUCCGUGCCAUCGGUGUUCUACCGGCCGCAAGGUCGUGAGGAAGAAGCCGACUCGGUCAAGGAGAAGUUCCAAGUGCCGGAGUCUGAUCAUCUCACGCUGCUACAUCUAUACAACCAAUGGAAGUCCAACAAGUACUCAACGCAGUGGUGUACGGAGCACUUCGUGCACGGGAAGGCGAUGCGGAAGGUGCGCGAGGUGCGGCAACAGCUCCGCGACAUCAUGCAGCAGCAGCGGCUACCACUAGUCUCCUGCGGCACGCACUGGGACACCGUCAGGAAGUGCAUUUGUUCCGCAUACUUCCAGCAAGCAGCUCGUCUCAAAGGCAUCGGUGAAUACGUGAACUGCCGUACGGGUAUGCCGUGCCACCUGCACCCCACGUCAGCUCUGUUCGGGCUGGGCUCCUCGCCCGACUACGUGGUGUACCACGAGCUGAUGAUGACCUCCAAGGAGUACAUGCACUGCGUCACGGCGGUCGACGGACGCUGGCUCGCCGAGCUGGGGCCUAUGUUCUUCUCCUUGAAGGAAACUGGGAAAUCAAACCGCGACAAACGCAAAGAAGCCGCGGUGCACCUACAAAGAAUGGAGGAAGAGAUGAAGCAAGCAGAACAGAAGAUGGCAGAAGAGCGCCGCAAGCGUGACGAAGAAGUACCUUUGAAGCAGACUGUGGCCACACCAGGCCUCAAUACGCCGAAGCACACUCCGCAACGGCUAGGACUUUGA